AUGACUACACAAACAAAGAAUCAGCUGGAAACAGUCAUAGCAGCAAUAAUGAGAAAUCUGACAGCCAAAAUAAUAACAUGUCUGUACUCUGCUCUCCUCCUUCUCAGUCAAGCUCUUCUAGAAAAUGUAGAAGAGGAAAAGCUAGAAGUUCUUAAAGACAAUCUUCAUUUUAAGCAAGAAUGUAAAUUUAUGCACAGAAAAUUUGAAAGCAUGAUGAAAGCAGUUGCAGAAUUAGCCAAAAAGGUUCCUAUCUACAUUUUUUAUGAGUAUCUCUUUUUUGAUACAGAUACGUUUGAGCUUAGCAUUCUCAUCUGA